UUGAAAAAAAAAAGUGUGACCAUUUCAAAGAGCGAGGUUGUCGCAAACCCAAACCCAAUCUGAAGUGAUCUUUCUGAAGCGAGAAGAGGAGAGAGAGAAGAGAGAGAAAGAGAUGAGUACGAUGCUACAAACCAUUGUGACAGUGCUUCUUCUCCUUAUGCUUCUUCUCAUCAUCAUCUUCCUUUUCUUUCUCUUCAAACCAUGGCGCUUCUUUUUCUCUUCUCGCUUUCGCUCUUCUACCAUCAAGGGUUCUGUUGGUGAGUUAGAUAGACCUCUCGUUGAAGACGAUGUAAAUAAUCAGAAUAAUAAUAUUCAUAAUAAUAACGAAUUGCCUAGAGAUUAUGAUCUUGAAGGUGCGUGUUAUCCUAAUGAAGUUAAUUUUCGUUCUCCUCGAACACAUGGACAAGGACUUGUUCAUAAACAAAGGCUUCAGAACCUUUCUGUUUCACCUAAUUUCCCUCAAGGUGGUGAUAGUUUGGUUUUAGAUGUUAUCCCUGAUCAUUCUGAAGAUGUUGAUGUUGUUCAACCAUUUAAGUUUCCACCUCCUCCUAUAUUAGCUCAAAUUCAAAAGCAAAGUACACAGAAUCAUCAAAAUGAUAGAUUGCAAGACUUUGUGGAAAGAGAUAUUACUGAUCAAAGAAGUUGCCUCACUCUGGAGGUUAUAAGUGGUCCUUCUUGCGGACUACGAUGUUCUGUACAGUCCACUAAUCCCUCUCGUCUACCGCUGACGUUGGGAAGGGUUUCUCCUAGUGAUUUGUUGAUAAAGGAUUCGGAAGUUUCGGGAAAGCAUGCUUUGAUAAAGUGGAAUUUGGAUAAGAUGAAAUGGGAGUUGGUGGAUAUGGGUAGCCUGAAUGGAACACUUUUGAAUUCUAAGUCAAUCAACCAUCCAGACACUGGAAGUAGGCAUUGGGGAGAUCCAAUGAAUCUUGCUAAUGGAGAUGUUAUAACACUUGGAACAACGUCGAAAAUAAUUGUUCAUAUUGCUUCGCAAAAUCAUCAUCACAUUCCCUUUGGAGUCGGUAUGGCAUCAGAUCCCAUGGCUUUACGUCGAGGAGGAAAAAAACUUCCUAUGGAGGAUGUGUGCUAUUAUCAAUGGCCUCUACCUGGGCUGGAUCAGUUUGGACUUUUUGGCAUUUGUGAUGGGCAUGGUGGUGACGGGGCUGCCAAAUCUGCUAGCAAACUUUUUCCUGAGAUAGUUGCUAGUAUAUUAUCGGAUUCAUUAAAGAGGGAGAGGGUUUUGUCACUUCGUGAUGCUUCAGAUAUUCUCCGAGAUGCAUUUUCUCAAACAGAAGCACGCUUGAAUCACUAUUAUGAGGGAUGUACAGCAACAGUGCUUCUGGUGUGGGCUGAUUGUGAUGAUAAUUUCUAUGCACAAUGUGCAAAUGUUGGAGAUUCUGCCUGCAUUAUGAGUGUUAAUGGGCAACAAAUGAAGAUGACAGAAGAUCACAAGAUAACAAAUUAUUCUGAAAGACUCAGAAUUGAAGAGACAGGUGAACCAUUGAAAGACGGGGAAACACGACUAUAUGGUAUAAAUCUUGCAAGGAUGCUUGGGGACAAAUUCCUAAAACAGCAGGAUUCCCGGUUCAGUUCAGAACCUUAUAUAAGCGAGGCCGUCCAUAUUCACCAAGCAAGCAAGGCUUUUGCUGUUCUAGCUAGUGAUGGGUUAUGGGACGUUGUCAGCUCGAAGAAGGCAGUUCAGCUAGUGCUUCAGAUGAGGGAGAGAUACUAUACAGAGAAAGAGAUUACAGCAGAAAAGACUGCUAGUUUGUUGUUGAGUGAGGCUAGAACACUCAAAACGAAGGAUAAUACCUCCAUAAUAUUCUUAGAUUUUGAUACCUUCAAUAGUUUCUCUUGUAAAGUUGAAUCCUAGUAUGACUUAGAAAUAGUGUUACAGUAAUUAUCAUACAUAAUUUUUGUUCUCUGGAACUCGAUCCA